UGCCGUCGCCGUCGCCUUCGCCGUCCUCAGCUCCUUUCGUUCCCCCGGCCGUUGACGAUCUUCCUAUCGAUGCGCUCGCCCGAGUUGGCCGCUAUACCGGGUCUUCAAGCACUUGGAACCCUUGCCAGCUCCUCCUCCCUCCCCUUAGUACAGUUACUCCUCCGGCCGCAGCCCGUAUUAGACCCUUAGACGCAUCAUCAUACCACUCCCGCUCUCGCUCUCUCGCUCUCUCGCCUUUCUUUCUCUCGAACAGCGUGAAAAUAACCAGAUAACUACCGCCCGGCGAUGCUCCUGGGGCCGCCGUCUGUCCCGCCAGAAUGCUGCUGAAACCAGCAACGCCGCUGUCCGUCCUGCUGUUUGCUGCCUUCGCCCUGCUGCUGCUCUCCGUCCUCUCGACCCCGAUCAUCAAGGGCAUCCCGCUGGCCACGUACAACGACAUCACCUUUGGCGUCUUUGGCUGGUGUCGCAGGAACAGAUGCAGCGCCUUCACCAUAGGCUACAAGGACGAUGCGAGGGACGGCGCCUUUGGAGACCCCAACGCAGACGGUGACUUCAACCUGCCGGCAUCGAUCCGCCAUACGCUCUCUUCGCUCCUGAUCGUUCAUCCUAUCGCCGCCUUUCUGACCCUCGUCUGCUUUGGCCUGGCGGCCGCUGCUCACCUCCAUGCUCCCUCGCACUCCCCGCGCUACCUGCUGGGCCUGCUCAUCCUGCUGCUGCCCACGCUGCUGGUCUCCCUGCUCGCCUUUCUCGUCGACAUCCUCCUCUUCGUACCCCAUCUCAAAUGGGGCGGCUGGAUCGUCCUCGCCGCUACGGUCAUCCUCACCACCUGCGGCAUCCUCACCUGUGCGAUGCGCCGCACCCUCGUCAGCCGCAAGGCUCGGAAGCGCCGUAUCGCUGAGAACGCGGAGAUGAACGGCGAGAACUUCUACAACCGCCAGAACUCCUACAAGAUGGAUCCGCCGUCCACCGUCAAUGUCGAGGCCAAAGAGGACGCCUUGUCCACCGUUCCAACCGCAGAGACCGUUGCCACCUUCGCGCGGUUUGAGUCUGACCCUCGGCCUCGAGACGUCGAUAGCAGACGGAUGCGCCCUCGCGCUCCUCCCACCAGCAACGAGCGGUUCUGGGCUUCCAGCGAGACUGACGUAGGAACCUUGGAGCCGCCAGAGACCCCUGCAAACCAGGACGGACCUUAUGGCCAUUUCGUCCCGCCGCGAAGACGGCCAUCUAAAAAUACCAUGGGCAACAACUAUUAUGGAGACCCUAACCAUGGAUACGGCAGUCGUAGCAGAAGCAACCCAUCCAUGAGGAGAGACGGCCGGGGUGGUAGAGGCGACAGAGCUGGCAGGGGCCAUCCGUAUCGAGACCCUCCUCCACCUGGCUAUCGCCCGGAAAGGAACCCUUCGCGGGGACGAGACUAUCCCCCCGGUCCAGGCGACCACGGUCCUUAUCCUAACAGAUCUCGUUCAGGCCGUAGCAGACGAGGCGGGCCUAGUCCUGGUCCGGCGCGCCGUCCGCGCAGAGACGACGACGCCAUGUACGGAGCUGCCCCGGCUGCUGGCGGUUUGGGCGGCCGGGACAUAGAAAUGGAACGUUCACGAGGGGAUGCAUACACUUCAACCAUCACCCAGUCGGAAAUCUCCAACCUCUCCGCAUUUAUUCCAGCGAGAAGUGGCUGGACCAAGAAUGAUCAGCCGCUCUCCCCCAUCGACGCUCGCGGCUCCCCAAGCCCCCUUGGUGCUAACAAUGCACAACCCAGAGAUAUGACCCGAUCCCCUCCCAGGGCUGCUCCUCACCCUACCAACACUUACUACGAAGACGUAGAGACUCGCUUCACGAACACCUCAAAUCCCGAUCCCGCCUUUAUACCGUCUGCCCUAACCCCGGGCAGCAUUGCCCCGGAACCUGACCAGAGGACUUCUGUCGAUGCCGUGCAUGGCAUGCGCUCUCCAGUCAGUGACAUUAGCCACUUCACCUCCAUCUCCCAGCGCGGAAUCAACCCCAAGUGGCAGCCGCCAGAGUGGGACAACCCCCGAGAAAAGGUGCAGAAGCAACGUGAGGCGCUUCUGGUCAAUAACCCUGACUUCCAGCUUUCCACUGAUGUAGGCCGGUCCAACUCUGCAAGACGCGGUGGCAGGAUGCCGCAAGUCCCGGCAAUGCCAUCGAUGCCUGCUAUACCACCAGUCUACACGCGCAGCUAA